AUGACGACGACGACCGACGUGCCGACAGUGACGAUCCUGCUCCUCGGCGACGCAGAAGUCGGUAAGUCGACCUUCCUCUCGCGCCUAACACUCGGGCGGCAGGCGCACGAGGGAGAAGACAGCAGCGCGCCGCCGCCGCCAUACUCGCUGCCGAUGCUGCACGACCUGGACCAGCCGUUCGUGUUCGACAUCCGGCUCUACAACCGGCCCUACCGCUUCGAGAUCUUCGACACCGCCUCCCCGACCAACUACACGCUGCUGGCGCCGCAGUUCGUCAUCCUGGCGUACGAUGUCUCGCGGCGGGAGACGCUGCGCUCGCUGCGCUCGCACUGGGCGCCGCUCGUCAACGCCUCGUUCAACCUCUCCGAGCAGGUCCCCGUCAUGGUGCUGGGGCUGAAGCGGGACCUGCGGCGCGAGUGGACGGAGGAUGAGAAGGCCGCUGAUGGUGGCCGCGGCCGUGGGCCCAGCGUUAUGCCGCAGGAGGGUUUGGCUCUUGCUCAGGCUUUGCGCGUCGAUCGCUAUGCGGAGUGCUCGGCGCUGACGGGCGAGCUUUGUCGCCAGGUUUUGGAGGAUGUGGCCAGGACUGCGGCGAAGACUACGACCGAGAAGGGCGGCUUAACGCCUGGUGGCUGCACGGUCAUGUAG